UUCACACUGAAGUUGGAGGAAAACGGGCUUCCCUCCCUAAACGGCUAAACCCCAGGUCGACUCCUCGCAGCAAAGGAGACUGAGGUUUAUGUCGGCAAACGGCGAUUGUUGACUCCAUCCGAAUCGAUUUUGGAAGAGAAAACAUGGAGGUUGAAUCGGAGGAAGAGAAGGUUAACAAUGUCCUUUGUCAAUUGGCGGACCCGGAAGGGUCUUCUUUGGGGGCGCCCAUGUAUCUGCCACAGAACGUUGGUCCUCAACAGCUUCAACAGAUUGUCAACGACCUUCUCAACAAUGAGGAGAAGUUGCCUUAUGCUUUCUAUAUAUCAAAUCAAGAGCUUGUUGUACCAAUUGAAACUUACUUACAGAAACACAAAGUUUCCGUAGAGAAGGUACUGCAAAUAGUUUAUCAACCUCAAGCUGUAUUCCGUAUCCGUCCAGUCAAUCGCUGUUCAGCAACAAUUACUGGUCACUCAGAAGCAGUACUUUCAGUUGCUUUUAGUCCUGAUGGGCGACAGUUGGCAAGUGGUUCUGGCGAUACCACCGUGCGACUAUGGGAUCUCAAUACCCAGACACCGAUGUAUACAUGUACAGGACACAAGAAUUGGGUUCUGUGUAUUGCAUGGUCUCCGGAUGGUAAGCAUCUCGUUAGUGGAAGCAAGGCCGGAGAACUUCAGUGCUGGGAUCCACAAACUGGGAAGCCAUAUGGCAAUCCUCUUAUUGGCCACAAGAAGUGGAUUACUGGUAUCUCUUGGGAGCCUGUCCACCUCAAUGCUCCCUGUCGCCGGUUUGUAAGCUCUAGCAAAGAUGGUGAUGCACGCAUAUGGGAUAUUUUGACAAGGAAAUGUGUUAUUUGUCUUAGUGGCCACACCCUUGCUGUGACCUGUGUGAAAUGGGGUGGAGAUGGAGUCAUAUAUACAGGUUCACAGGAUUGUACCAUAAAAAUUUGGGAAACUACGCAAGGGAAGCUGAUUCGCGAGUUAAAGGGCCAUGGGCAUUGGGUUAACUCUCUUGCCUUGAGCACCGAAUAUGUUCUUCGCACAGGUGCUUUUGAUCAUACCGGCAAACAAUAUUCAUCUCCAGAAGAAAUGAAGAAGGUUGCUCUAGAAAGGUAUAACAAAAUGAAAGGGAAUGCCCCUGAAAGAUUGGUUUCAGGAUCUGAUGAUUUUACUAUGUUCCUUUGGGAACCUGCUGUCAGCAAGCACCCCAAAACUCGCAUGACUGGUCAUCAACAGCUUGUGAACCAUGUUUAUUUCUCUCCUGAUGGACUUUGGGUGGCUAGUGCAUCAUUUGACAAGUCUGUGAAGUUAUGGAAUGGUACAACAGGGAAAUUUGUUGCGGCUUUUAGGGGCCAUGUCGGGCCUGUUUAUCAAAUCAGCUGGUCUGCAGACAGUAGGCUUAUUUUAAGUGGGAGCAAAGACUCCACGCUUAAGGUCUGGGAUAUUCGGACUCAGAAGUUGAAACAAGACCUACCAGGUCAUGCAGACGAGGUUUAUGCUGUUGAUUGGAGUCCUGAUGGUGAGAAGGUAGCUUCUGGUGGAAAGGAUAGGGUACUGAAGCUAUGGAUGGGCUAAAACUGUCCGAGAACAUGAAGGCGCAUUCUGGUAUAUCAUUUAAAUGCCACAAUGACGAAGGCAAGCUGCGAGGUAUGAUGCAAGCGAGUUAUAUUAGAUUCUACAUAAAAAGUACAUCUGAUGAACGAAUCAGUUUGGUGGCAGAAGAAUGAUCCCAAAUUCCCAAUGGUUGGAACUAGAGUUUGAUAACAGGUGAAUGAUCUGGCAGUUGGGGGCUUGCGAAGUCGUGCAAAAGGAGUAGUUUGAAGUUCAUUAGUGUUCAUGGUCUAUACUCUAUCGCCUAUGUUAAUUGCAUUCACUUGCUAUUCAGAGAUUCUAAUUACCAAGCUUAUAGGCUGUGCAUGAUCACUUAGAAAAUUCUAAAUGUAUGGCCUCAAUUUUGUAGCACUGUAGCUAAGUGAUUUUAGGAAUGAUGAACUCACUAUUGUUUAGAACACAUGUACAAGUACAACACCUGUGGAAGAUUUGUGAUUUUGAAUUGUUAACUGAUGGUUUGAUUGAUA